CACAAAGACUCGAACCAAACAACCACUAAGCAAGUACGCAAGCAAGGAAAGAAGCAGGCACUCCUCGAAAAAGACGGAACUAUGAUGAACGGGAAUCCGCCUUCCUGCGUCGUCGAAACGACGUCUGGUAUGCAGCUGAACGAUCCUCGGAAGUCCAUCACGAGCCUGGAAAAGCAGUAUGCCGCUCCCUUGGGUCAGCGAUUGGUCAUGGGAAUCCAGAUCGACGCCAAGGUCUUGGAAGGAGGCCUGGAAGCCGUCUCGAAGCGGGCYCGACAAGAACGCCAAAUGCAGAUCCAGGGUGGCAGCGGUGGCAACAACAGCAACAUGGCACUGGCAGUUGGUGCAAGCAUGAGAAGUGCUAGUUCUCCAGGUGGCGUCGACGCUAAUGGCACGGCAUCGGUCGACUAUAACAGCAGCACCGAGGAUUCUACCAACGGAGGCAGCAGCGAUGCGUUCUCGUUCUUGAACGAUCAAGAAGUCGUCCAGCAGCAGCAACCGCCUUCGCAGGGACGAAACCGGAAAUUUGGAAUGGGGUUCCUGAAAAAGGUGGCCGCCCGUACUACGGAUACCUUGGAACGCGGAAUGCAGGGUCUGGCCGUCCGGAUGGACCAGGGAAAGACGGGCGAUUUGGUGCGGGUGGCCGUUUACGAUCCGUCCACCGCUGAAUUGCUAGGAGUCACCGAGAGCCUUCCGGUGCCGACACCCGGUGCCRCGGCAACCCAGCAAUCUGAUCCAGAUGCAGCAGCGGGACAGCCCAAAGAUCUUCGCUUCGAGGUCCCCCUCUGGAUUCCCGGAUCCCGGCGCCACCAAACGCUGUUGCUGAAGGUAUGGAUCCAAUCCGGUGCCACGCUGGUCUUACAGAAGGCGAACAAAAAUUAUUUGCUAGGCAGUGCCAUGGUAAAUUGCCAGGCGCUGUCAGAGGGUGUAACUGCCGUUGCUCUUUCCAUGACCAUCCCUCCAGCUCCGACUCCMACACCCGGUCCACCACCCCGCCUGAUUCUCUGCAUCKUGCCCGAUCCCAAAUUCAGCCCCRUUCUCACUCGUGGCUGGUCGCUGACGGAUCCAGAUAUGUCGGGGUACUCUAGUACCCUGAAUUAUCUGCCGCUCGAUCAGUCCUACGUCUUUCCGGGAAAGCAGUCCAACCACUGGCUGGUGGCCCACGAGCGAGCGACCGAAUCGACCCUGCCGCUUCCGAUUGCGGCCGCGGUGACACAGUUGGCGGCCAACGCCUGUGACAAGUCCCUUGCCCAUGCCCAGUCUGUGGCCCGGAUUCUGCGAAACAACCGGCACGACCACAAGGAUCUCCUCCACAAAGCUACCUGUCACCURGGGGUACUGGGGGUCGUUCCCGGCAGCACCACCGGCAACAGCGUUACCAGCGCCAACAUUAGCGUGGCGUGGAGGCGACCKGAUUCCAUGUUCGAGUUUGAGAUUGCUGCCAAMGAAUCUAUUCCGGUAGUCCCUCCCAAYGGACCGACGCCCGGAAGAAUGGUAGCAAUCAAGAAGGUCUUUCAUCCCAAGCUCUGUUCUCCCCAAAAUGGAGACCACAUUUURCCGGGAAUUCUCCAGGCSUACGGGGGCAAGAUGCCCUCGAGUGGGUUUUUGUUGGGAGGAGUCUACUUUUGCGUGGCAGUCCAAACCAACAGCCCUUCCUCGGACGGGUUUGGCGGGGCGAGCAGUGAUUCAAAUGACCCCUUUGCUCCUACUUCUUCUCUAAAUGGUGUAGAUAGCAAUUCUAAAAACUCGGUGGAAUUGUGGGAGACUGUCUUGGGGCUGGAAGCCUUCGUCAAAAAAACGACCACGAGCACCGAUCCCAGCGGCAUGAACCACCGAAUCGAUACAAUCCAGGUGCCCCUGCGCAAGGGAGCAGAAGACGUAGGCCAUUUACUGCUCCAGCUGGAGGUCACGCUUCCCGAAGGUGGAAAUGGAAAUGAUGRCAGCAACUAUAUGGCCACCCUGCCAGCCACCGAUGGAUUGGUCAGCCUCGUUGGAAUGGAUCCUUUAUCGGAUGGUGUCAAGCCCUACUUGGACGAGCUUCCUCCAUCGGCGCAGGCACCACCGCCAUCGAUUCGACACCAACAGCUCAACACCAUGGGGUAUUUCUUCACAACCCAGUACAUGGAUCAGCAUUUGUCUUUGCGGCAGUCSGCGUGCGAAGCAUUCAAGGAAAGAGCCCGCCGCUACAAGCUGGCCCUAUCCCAGCCGGAAAAAAAUGCUCCUCCGCACACGCUCAAGACGCCCAAAAACUUCCGGCCUUCGUCGUCGAGAACCACCACCUUGCUGAGCGGAAUCCCCUUCAAUUGCCACAUUGCCUCGUUGAACAUCAAUGUGAUGGACGCCACUCGCCCUCGGUUACCCGCCAACAGCGGAGCCACUGCGGCACCCGAGUACCCCGGGGCUUCAUUCCACAACGUGACGUGCGGUGCUCCUGCGGAUCACGCUCGGGGCUUUGGAAACAUCUUGACCAACGUUAGCAACAAGAACGUGAGCGGAGGGCUGAGACGCCUUGAGGCCCAGAGACGGGACUGCGCUAUUCAGCUGCAGCUUGCACAGACUGCCCUGAUUCAAGGCGUCGGCCAAUACCUGACCGAAGCCCGCAAGAAGGGACCCUGCCACCACGUUCCAGCUCGUCACGUGGAGAUCCAGCAACUGAGAUGGAAGGUCUUUGAGUCCGUCCACGUCUUGCAUCACGUCACCUGGAUGUGUGCGGUGCGAAGGGCCAACGUCUUUUCGCAGGCUCUGGGAUUGGCCGCUUCGAGCUUKUUGGCAAGCCUUGGAGACAUGCACAAGUGUGCCUCGGGAUGGCCAGCGGUCUGGGCCAAGCACGGAUUUUUGGUCUGCUUCGAGGGCCUUUUGAGCGCAGCCGGAAAGGAGCUUGGAAUGAUCGAGGAUGCCAGUGUGGCCAUUGCAAUGCUGCGAAUGGCAAAUAUAGUUUUGGUCCCAGAUAAUGGACAGCAGCUUCCAGCGGAGGCAGUUCAGAUCCCGUCCUCCCCAUACCUCAAGUGGACCAAGGUUACGUCGACGGGUGGAGACGGCAGUGCCAGAAGGUUUGUCCUUCAUAUCGGAAUCGAUGCGGCCUACUACGCGGAGCGCGUUCCUCCUCCUCUGCAAAACAACAUUGGCGUGAGAUUAUACCCCAUUCUCUUUGAGGUUGGUGUKGAUAUUCGCCAAUGGGGAGCAAACACUGGUAGUAAUCUUAUGAAGAGGGAAUCAAGCAGUGGCGGUGGACUCAAUUCCAAUGGCAGUCAAUCGUCCAUCGGUGGUAUUGUAGAUGACGGCGACGADGACGAUGUCGGAAUCGUCGACGACGAUGUUCUGGUCGCCCUGAACUACGAGGCAAUGCGCAAAAUGAAUUGCUACGCCCACGCUCUUUCGCCYCAGCAGAUCUCACCAGAACAGGUUGUUGCUGCCAUGGACAAAACUUUUKCCGACAGCAUGUCCAACUCGAGCAACAACCUGAACCAAACUUACUCCAACCCCGACAAGGACAUUCUCCCGAUCCAUCCCUCGCUGGCGGCGUUGCACUCUCACAUUUUGUCCUCGGCCGGAAGGAUGAAUCACAGCAUUUUGGACGAAGCGGCAACKAUUGCCCAACAGCUGGGUGGAGGCGGCCUCGUCUUUUGCAAGUCUGGAAAGGAUCGAACCGCGAUGCACUUGACYUACAAACAGUGUCAGUUCGCCAGUCGAUACCGUGGCAACUCGGACCAGRGUGCCAUUUUGCGAGACGCCCGCCUCUUGCGAUUGCACGGGACCCGGCUGCCGAUCUGUGAGAAGAAUGUUGGGCAGGCCUUGUAUGCCUUCAAUUCGUUGCAGGUGAAGUUCAUGCCGGAGGCACUAAAGCCUCCAAUGGAUUGUUUGGCGGGAUUUUUGAAGGGAGGAGAAAUCUUCAAGGGUGGCGGCAUUGAAAGCUAAGAGCUAACAUCUCGCCGAAUGCAACCAUAAGAAGGAUUGGGGUAGCAACAUCCAAAGAGUAUGAUGGAUUUUGGUGUGUUUGCCCGGUGCCUGCUCCUUCAUCGAACGAAAGAUUCAACUCCAUACUUCUAUACUUUUGUGGCUGUAUUUAUUUUCUGCUUCUAUUUUCUUUGCGUGGGAGAUAGGGUCAAAUCGGAGACCGUUGUAAAAGUAUAUUUUUCAGCUCUAAUUUGUCCAUAACGAAAGCUUAGUAUGCUGGUAUAGAGAUUAUAUCUAUCCGAGCAUGAAUAGUGCUUUUUUGAGCAAUUGGAAGGACUACAACAGAAAAAGAUGAUCAGAUUUUSUGUGAUCUUCAUGAUUCAUGAUCACACAAAUUGAAAAACCUUAUCCCUAGCUUAUUUACUUAACAUUAGCUUGUGUUUYACUCGCUGCGCCAAAUAAGUACGGUACCCUACGGUACCCUACGGUACGGUACGUACAAGUAAACGAAACAUCGGAGA